CAUUCUCCUGGGGUUUCAAUGAGAGACUGGAAGCUAACUAUUUGUAUUCCAUCUGCUUGGUUGGGAAUUGAGUGUUUUAUUUAAAAUAGCUCAACAUUUUCCCUAGUUCAUUUUGUAGUUUCAGUUUAUCUUUUUGCUAGACCAUAAGUCUGAUCCAGACAGAGACCAAGGUCUCCAGUGUUUGGUUGAACUCCCUGCGAUCUUGCUCUUUGUGCAGGCUCCUAGUGCUGUUGAGAAACUGGACUCACCUUUGGCCUAGGACGGGAUGAUUUCAGACAAGAGAUAAUCAGUAUUAGGGUUGAAACACAGAUGGCUGCAGAGGAGACUCUGGCAUCUGGCAAAUCUUUGCUUUCUUAGGGCCCUUCAGUAGCAACAUUUAUGGAUUUCUAAUGAAUACGCCAUCAUGGCUGUGCAUAAGGGUAAUAAUAUAAAUAUUUAACAGUGAGUAUGGCAUGGCUAAUGACCAAUUCUGAGACUCUGUGCUGUAUUGAAGCGUAUCAGCUAACUAUCCACCCAGGCUUGUACUUUGGGUCCAGGAUGCCCCCAGCUUUCUCUAGCCACUGCCUUUAUUACCUUGCCCUAAUUUCCAGAAUGGAGCUUUAGAAAAAUGGGCUGGGACUACUUUCCCUACCUCCCAGGCUUCCUCUUCAAAGCUUAUACUCCUCAAGUGUCUCUAUGCACAGUGGUGGCAAAUACUUGGUGCUGUAGAAACAGAUUAUUGUUAUCGCCUAGGGAGAGGAGUAUGAUCUCAAAUAGAGAGAGGGAUGGAAUGUAGGAGGCAGAGGUAAUGUGAUGUUAGAAUGAGCACAGUCAGUCUUAUCCAGAGGACAUUUCUGUGUUGGCAGACUUAUCCCAGGCCACCGAGUCCUGAGCAUUUCCCCUGAGCAUUUCCCCUAUUGAUUCAGCCCAGCAGACACUCUGCAUGACUGCCCUCCCAUUGUCCCCCUUCCCUAACCUCUUCCAGCUUCCUGUAUCCUUCAUCCAGCUUCUAGGGGAAGGACGAGGGAAGAACCAGGAGGGAGGAAUUUUAAGUAGAGAGGCGCUACCUCUGAAUGGCCAAAUAGUGCAGUGCAGACUGGUGGAAGGUGAAAGCUGGAGGUGCUAGAGCAACUUUGCUGUCCUACAAACCAUUACUAUGAUGAGGUAAAGAAAAUAAUCUUAGAAGUAGUUUUUGGCAAGCAAAGAAACAUUCAAUCUAAUUAUUAUUGUUUAACAAGAUGUGGAAAAACAAGGGGGUACACAGGAAGAGCUCAUGGAAACCAGAACUUAGUCUAGUGGGAAGAAACAGAUACACAAACAGCUUUAAACAAACUGUGGUUCUGAGGAAUAAAUUGGGGAAAACAGAGCCUGUUGACUAGUUAAAUCUGAGAGCUAAGAGAAAGGAGAAGUGGCUAGGGUCACUUUCAGCUACUGCCAGCCAUUUUCUCCUCCUUGGGCUUUACACACUCUCAGAAUUCUGUCUGUCCCUUGUACUUUCUUUCAACAGAUCCACUGUGGGGGGUGGGGGGAGGUGCAGAGACCUUAAGUGUGAUCCCGAAGCCCCGACUUCAGCUGUCUGCUCUAUUCUCCAUCUUCGUACAGGGCGGGAAUUGCCAAAGCGCUUGCCUCCAGCUCAAGACCUCUCUUCUAACAGCACACUCACAUUUCCCAGCACCUACUUCACUGCUCCAGCUGCCACCGACACUGCAGUCUUGGUGUGCCCAAACUUCUAGUCCCCAAAGCUGUGUGUCCUCCUGCUGCCCUAUCCAUGCUGCCUGGGACACCCUCUACAGAAGGAAAUAGAAAUGGACAGAAGUCUCAUGCAACACUGUCCAAUAGAAAUAUGUCAGCCACAUACAUAAUUCAGGCUUUUCUACUGGCCACAUUAAAAAGCAAAAAGAAACAUGAAAUUAAUAGUAUAUUAACCUAAUGUACUCACCAUACUAUCAACACAUGAAUAUAAAAGUUAUUGAGAUAUUUUACUUCAUAUUUUUCAUAUGGAACCUCUGAAAUUCAGUAUGUAUUUUAAUCUCACUUGAAAGUGAAAAGUGAAAGUGAAAGUCAUUCAGUUGUGUCCAACUCUUUGUGACUCCAUGGUCCAGGCCAGAAUACUGGAGUGGGUAGCUGUUCUCUUCUCCAGGGUAUCUUCCCAACCCAGGGAUGGAACCCAGGUUUCCUGCAUUGCAGGCGGAUUCUUUACUAGCUGAGCUACCAGGGAUGCGCCAAUCUCACUUGGACCAGUCAUAUUUCACCUGUGGCUUGUGACUCAGGUGAACUUGUAUUAGAGAACACAAGUCUAGAAUGGAAAGGUAGUAUUUGAGGCUGGGCAAGAAGUUCUUAAGAAGUAUACUAGGAUACAUAGAAGUAUAUGAUAUGAUACAUACAUGAUAAGCAUCACUAUUUUUAUGAUUCAUCUAUAGUCUCUGUUCCUUAUGGUUUUCCCCUAAUAUUUAGAGAAGCUUUUGAAGUUUCAGUGUUUCUCAGCAGUGCUAAAAAUCCUUGCUCCAGUGCUGGAAAGGGAUAUGUCAAGAGAGAGUAGCUCACCUCCCUGUCCUCCCCUGCCCCUCCCUAGUAGAACCCCAAGAGGAAGGUGAAAUUCUGAGCAUAGAGCCCCUCCCUACUUGGAGAGUGCCUUCCAGAGCUCAUUGUGCAAUUCCUGGGUUUUGUUUUAGAAGUAAAUUGCUUUUCUUCACAGUUCCUUUUCAAAAUUUUCAUACCUUAGCUGCCAGAAACAAAAUGUAUUUGCUUUACAAUGGUUAUUACAGCCCAAGCCACCAUAUAUCUGGGAUUUUUCCAAGAUGGUGUUACUUUUCAACAUUGUCUCUUUCAGUCCAUGCAUCUUGGAUUUUAGUUCAGAAAAUAGGAUCUUUCUAUCACACUCUUGAGUGUGAAAUAUUGGAAAGUACUGUGGUGAUCAACCAACUGGCGCUCACCAGUUCCCGGAACUUAGAACUGAAUUCUGGAUGCUUCUCUCUAGUGUCAGUAGACUGCUCCUUUCCCUGGGGAGCUGAAAUAGUUUCUGGGGAGACCACGGCUUUUCAGGCAACAAAGCUUGUACCUGGGGAGUAACCCUUCUUUCUCAGGAGGCCUAGUUUAUACUACUGUUCAUAAAUCUGAGUUUUAAGGGGUGCCUUGUUUUGAAGAAGAGAUUUCUAAAGUUAUGUAGAAGCAACAAAGCUUUCUAAGAAUAUUUUUGGCAGAAGAAGAAUUAAAAAAAAAAAAAAAGGAAUUAUACAGGUCCUGGGAGAGUGGCAUUAGCCAUUGGGACACCAGCCAGAUAUUGGUGCUCACAAACUGGGGGAGACUAUGGUUUUUUACUGUUACUGUUCAAAAUGCUGUUCACGUUCUCUUCGUCAACUAAAAUUAUUUCACUUUCAAGGCCUAGUGGGCGGUGGGAUGGGGUAGGGCUUUUGCAGAAGGCCUGCCUUCUACGCGGGCGGCCCGGGGAAGUGCCCAGGGUCCCGCUCGGUGGGCCCAGGGCGACGGGCUGGGCUGGAGGUGAGGGUGGGCGGUAGGAGAGGAGUGGAGGUCGGUCGCCGAGGUUUUCGCGGCUGUCAGUCUCCCAGCGUCCCCGGCUUUCCAGGUAGGGACGACCCCUCCCACGCAGCGCGGUUCGGGCGGGUGGGAAGGAGGGGCUGGGCUGCGAGCGCCCGCCCCUCCAUCUAUCACAUGGCCGGAGAGCCACAAAAACAACAGCUUUGGCCAAGACCGUGACUUCAGGAAAGGGAACGCAGGGCUCUCGCCGCCAGCCCCCACCCCAUGGAGGAGAGUUUUCUUGAAUCCUUUGGGAGGCUGAGCCUCCGGCAGCAGCAGCAGCCGCAGCCGCAGCCGCCUCGGCCGCCAGCCCCGCCGCCCCCGCGUGGAACACCUCCGCGCCGCCACAGCUUUCGGAAACACCUCUACCUCCUGCGAGGCCUCCCGGGCUCGGGGAAAACUACACUGGCCAGGGAUGGCUGCCAUGAGCACUGGUCUGGAAGGCUGAAGAUUGUGCCUUUAGAUCCUCAUUGUCACAAGGCAGUUGGUGACUUUGGACAGUCACCUAGCUUUUCUUUACUUUCCUUAUAAGUGAAUAGUAAGACAGGGAUUAGGUUAGAUGAUUUACUGAAGAUCUUUCUAGCUCUUAAUUUCUAAUUGUAAGACUUAAAAGUGUUUUGUUAAUAAUGGCUAGGUAAAGAGCUCUGAACUUUGAGUCAAUUUAUGGCUUUUUUUUUUUGGCCGCACUCAGUGGUUCAUGGGAUCUUAGUUCCUGAAACAGGGAUUGGGCCUGUGCCUCUGCAUUGGAGGUGCAGAAUCUUAACUACUGGGCCACUAGGGAAGUCCUAAUUUAUGGCUUCAAAUCUAAGCUCUGCCAUGGAAUGGCUGUAAUCUCAACUCCUCAGUUUCCUUCCCUGUUAAACAGGGAAAUCUGCUCCGCCUACUUCAGAGGACUCCUGUGAGGAUUACAUCUGUGUGAGAGAACUUGUUAAACCUUAAACCGCCAUAUACAUUUUAAGAGGCAUUCAUUUCUGCUGAAGAUGUUGACCAGCUGAGAUCAUCUUCAUGGUGUUCCUGGGGAGAAGCCUGACUUUGAAGUGAAGGAGCCAGCUGGGAGCCGACGUUGUGAGUUCUCUUGAUAGGCUGGACAUGGGCAAUUCUGAGAAUACAGAACUUUGGCUCUGCUUUGGGGUGGGUUGUGCAUUUUUUUUUUUUAAUUUUUAAAAAAAUAUUUAUUUGUUGUAGUAUGGGGGAUCUUUUUUAGUUGUAGUAUGUGGGAUCUAGUUCCCUGACCAGGUAUCGAACCUGGGUCCUCUGCAUUGGGAACGAUGAGUCUUAGCCACUGUCCCAGGGAUGUCUCUGGUUUGUGCAUUUACAUGGAAAUCAGGAGAGCAGGCAAGGAUACAAGCCACAGCUCAGCAAGGAAAGAGGCCUGCAGUGAGGAUACGGGAUGUCACAGGCCAUCCCGUAUGUGGGGAGAGAAGGAGGAUUGCAAAUUGUUUUAAAAAAAUACACGUAGGUAAGAAAGUAGUAAAAACUGUAAGGCUAUCAUAUGUAUUGUUGGAUUCUGAGAAAUUCAUAUUUUUAUUAUUCUAUGUAUAUUCCAAAUUUUCUAUAAUGAGCAUGUAUUUCUUGAAUCAGAAAAAUAAAACUUUAAAAAAAAUGGGAGGAGAUCUGUUUUUACAAAUGCAGGUUCAUCUUUUUUUCUACUUUCAUUUCUCAUUUGAUUAAAAAAAUAAAAAUGCUUUUGAAAUUAGGCUCUGUCUGGUCUCCCAAAUCAAUGUUAGAUUUCUGUGCUUUUCAUCUGUAUGUUUUCACACUUUGCAGGGACUGGAAUGUGGAAAACAUUAUUUAAAUUCUUUGGGCAUGUUAAAAAACAGUUGAAGUUUUUAUCUGCCUUAAAAAUUUUAAGUAUAUCAGAGUACUAAAAAAUUAGCUUCUCUGCUAUAUGUGUUUUAUCACCUCUAUUUCAUUUAAAAAGCAUUUCAAAAAUAGGUUAUUGUCAUUGGCCUGUAAACUCUGCUUCCAGGAAUUCAUCCUAAGGCAAUCACUGGACAAGUGCAUGAGAUUAGAGGGAUGUUCAGCACAGAGUUUUGAUGUCCUAGAAAAAAAUGUGAGCCAACUUAAGUGUACAAAAUAGAGGAUUGGCUUAUAAGUCACGUGUCAUUAAUGAAAACAUGGAUGUUUGUUUGACAUCUAUGUUCUAAUAUACACAAAAAUUCCAUUUUAUGUUUUAAGAAAUAUGUAGAAAGAUAGGUAUUUAUAGUUGUUGAUUUUAGGCAGUGGAUAGAAUACAGACUUUUGCCCCUGACUUUCUCAGUUUUUCCAUGACAAGUACAUAUUGUUUGUAAACUUUUUAAAGGUGAAAAUAACUUUUUAAGUUAGCUGAAAAUAGUUUUAUUCAAUAACUUUGCUCGAUAGACAUAGGUUGUAUGAUGAAGCAUUUAUUAAAAAACCAAGUAAAUAAGUAAUUUUUUAUGUAAAGGGCUUCCCUAGGGUUAUUCUUGUCUUGGACAUACCAGGAAGUUUUUUUAAUCUGUAAAAAGACUGAUUUUAAUUACUCAGAGCUAUUAAUUGUUUAAUUAUGAACUAUUUUAUUAUAUUUUAUUAGCCUAUGAACUAGUAUAGAUCAUUUGAUUGAAUACCUCAGGUUCUUUUUCAUUAAAAUGGAGCUAAUAUUCCUUUAGUUAGUUUAUUGUGGGGAUUUAAGAUAUUGUGGUAAACAAUGAUCCUGUGAUUAUGAAUGUGAAAGCAUUGUAGAAUGUGUGGGCUACAUAAAUAAAUACCAACUAUUGUUAAUUAUUUGAUAGUCAACAAUAGCAGUAUUUCCUAAGUACUGAUAAGACUAUUAACACCUCAGAUGGUAAAGAAUCUGCCAGAAAUGCGACCUGGGUUCAAUCCAGGGUUGGGAAGAUCUUCUGGAGGAGGGCUUGGCAACCCACUCCAGUGUUCUUGCCUGGUGAAUCCCCAUGGACAGAGGAGCCUGGUGGGCUGCAGUCCAUGGUGUCUCAAAGAAUUGGAUACGACUAAGUGACUAAGCACAGUAAGGUAUAUAUACUGUAAGGUUGAGAGAAGGAGCCUACACAAGACUAACAAAUGGAAGAUAGUAACCAGCACACUGCUGUGGGUAAGUAAAGUCUCAUGGGAAAUAGCCUCUUCUGUGCUGGUGGUGGUCAAGGCCAGUGGAGUCACUGAGGCUGGUUAUUAGGAAGAUAGGACAAUUAGGGAAGAGCUAGUCUCCUCCAUGUGGAGGUGGUUCUCAAGCUGGCCUUGAAGACCAGGAGGAUGUCUGAAAACCAGAAAGCCAAGGAAAAGGAUUAGCAUCAUACAUAAGAAGAUGGAGAUGGGAAAGACCUGAGUGUUCUAGGCUCACAAGGAGCAGGGCUUGAUUGCAGUGAAUUGUUCAUAUUGAGUGUGUUGGUUAGGUAACCCCAGGGCCAGACCAUGGAGAAAAGCUGGCUAAAAAGUAUAGGAUUGAGAGAAGAAAUAGAAUUCCAAUUCCAAGACCCUUUUACCCUCAGCAGGUGAUCCAGAACUAUUUGUUUCCACAGCUGAACUGAUACAUACUCAUUUGGAUCUGCACCUGUUCUUUCCUCUGACUUCAGUGAAAACAUCUGUGGACUUCUGUUUACUUCUGUGCUUUCUUGUGUGUGUGUGUGUGUAAUGUCCCCCCUUUGAGGACAUUUUAACUAUUUUUAAGUGUCCGAUUCAGUGCUAUUAAUUACGUGAUAUGCUGUCAUCACCACUGUCUUUUAUAAAUUUUAUCACCACAAACAGAAACUCUGUACCCAUUAAGCAAUACCUCUCCCCUCCCCUCAGCUCCUGGUAACCUACCUCUGAUCUGUUUUCUGUUUCUGUAUUUGACUACUCUAGAUACCUUAUGAAAGGGGAAUCAUAUGGUAUUUGUCCUUUUGUGUAUGGCUUAUUUCACUUAGCUUAAUGUUUUCAGGGUUCGUCUAUGUUAUAGCAUGUGUCAGAAUCUCAUUACUUCAUGACUGAAUAAUAUUGCCUUACAUGACUAUAUGACUAAAAUGUCCUUUUGAAAUGGCAAUAGUUUAGGGUGAUCUUUUUUUUUUCUUUUUAAUGGUCUUGUUUGAAAAAUUAAAAGUUCUCAACCUUAAGUCAGUUCCUGCAUUUUUUUUUUUUUUUUAAAUCUUUAAGUAUGAGUCAAAGCAAAGCCUGGGGACCAUGCUUUAGGACACACAUCCUUUGCAAUGUGCUAGUUUGUUUUGGCACCAUCAAAAAUGGUUUGUGAUAUGGAUUCAGUAGGCUCAAAGGAUGCUCACUGACAGCUGUCUUUUCUCCUUGUUCAUAUGUCUGGACGACUUGGAAUUUUCCAUCAAGAGAAAUACGUUUUCAUUAUUUCUUGGCACCAGAGCUAUCCAAGGAGGUGUAAAGGAUGCUUUCCUGAUGUGAUGCAAUGAUAGAACAGAGAUGGGGACGAAGGUACACUUUAUAACCAAAUGCAGUUUAAAAAAAAUAUUAGAAGCAGUGGGAAGAGGGGAUUAGUUAGGUUAACUAAGUAGUGAGUAAUUAGACCCCAGAGCACACUCGCUUCACAGUGCUCUGGACCAUGGUGUUUUUAAUUAUGAGGCUAGGGCUCUCAUAAGUAAAAGCAAGGUCAAAAUAGAGAGUUUGUACUAGUCCAGGUCUGUGUGUAUGAAAAUUAGAGCAUCAGGCAGGCGACAUCUCAGAUUUUUAGCUACUCAGAUCUACUUGGAGAAGCUACUGACUUUUUAUAUUUUUAGUGAUUUUUUUUUCCUAAGGUGGUUCCUGAAUCUCUUCUCCCCAGUGCUGAGAGUCCUUGCAGUGCCUCUCUCUGAAGAUUGGGAAGAAACAGGACUAUAUAUGCUACCUGUGUUCACGGAGAGUAAGAACACACAGUGCAGUGUUUAUGUUCACAGUCAUUCACUAGAAAGGUAACAAAGGAGAAUCACAACCACUAUAGUCCUUGAGCUAUCGGGGUAUGGGAAGAAGAUCCUACUGAAUUGGGGCAAUGUAAUGUCACAGGUGUGGUUAUGAUUAGAGAAGCAGUAGAAAUAGAGAAAGAAACGAAAGGGGAAGAAUAUUUCGUAGGAAAAUUUCAGGAAAUGAUCAGGAAGUUCUUACAGAGUUCAUCUAGUCCAAGCUGAAGACACUAAACUCGUAAGGAGUUAUAUAUCUUUUUAAAAAAUUUUAUUGAAGUAAAGUUAAUUUACAAUGUUGUGUUAAUUUUUUCUGUACAGCAAAGUGACUCAUAUAUAUAUUUAUAUAUUCUUUUUCACAUUAUUUUCCAUUAUGGUUUGUCACAGAAUAUUGAAUGUAGUUCUCUGUGUAGGACCUUGUUGUUUAUCCAUCCUACACAUAAUUGCCUCUGCCAAUUCCAAACUCCCAUUCCUUCCCUCCCCUCCCCUUUCCCCUUUGGUAACCACAGGUCUGUUCUCUAUAUCUGUGAAUCUGGUUUUUUUUCAUAGAUUACGUUGAUUUGUAUUGUUAUUUUAGAUUCUACAUAUAAAUGAUAUCAUUUGGUAUUUGUCUUUCUCUUUCUGACUUUAUUUAGUAUGAUAAUCUUUAGGUCUGUCCAUAUUGCUGCAAAUGGCAUUAUUUCAAGAAGUUAUAUAUCUUGAUCAAGGUCAUAGGGAUAAAUUCUCCUUAUUUCUAAUCAGACCUUUUUCUUUUGCACCAAAGGAAGAGGCUAGUGAGAGUGACCUGAUCAAAGUGUAAUGAGGUUGAUUUCAAUCUGUUGUGUAAUGAAAAACACUCGUCAAGACCCUAUUAAAAGAGCUUAGUUUAUCUGUAUUUCAACUGUCAGGGUAAGGAACUCACAUGUUAUUAUGUGAUUCCUUCUCUUCUCAGCAUGACUGAGUUGACCAGCAAAGCAUUAAACAGAGGAGAAACCUGUGGCAUUGCUGAAUUCUCUGGAAAGUUGCUGUUCACACACAAGACACUGAAAGGAAUUUCUGCUGGAAACUGCAGUGGAGCCACUGUGGCACAUGAGGGCUAACUGGGAGUCUGGUUUGGAAUCUCAUGAACAUGCCCUGCUUUGGAGGUGUGAGGGCGAGAGUGAGCAGUAGGAUGGCCUGGGAACUAUUCACUGGGGUGCCCUUAGCCACAGAGCCCAGGCCUGUGGCUUGGCGGGUCCAUGAAGCUGGUGAUGGCUGAGCUCCAUCUGCCUAAGGGCAAGGCUCAGCCUUGGCGGUGCAGUUGGCAGCAGCGAGAAGAUCAGCCACACCAGGCCCAAGCUUUUUACAGCUAUGGCUCCCUCCCCGUUCUCCUCAGGUUGCCGAGUUGCUGAGCCUGUUUCCUGCCUCCCAGCUUAAAGUCAUUGAGGAGGAUACCAGUAACAUCUAGAGGAAGUACUGGAGUCUAGGAAGAAUCCUCUUUCCCAGUCUUCUUUGGAGAUAAAUCUUAGGUUCUGGUAAAAUUCUCAACACAUAAAGAGUAAAUAGAAAUUCGCACAGAUUCUCUUCACCCUAUACAACGUUUGCAUAAUUAAGGCAACAGAACCUGAUAUUUAAGAACCACUCAUACCCUUACCAAAUAUCUAUUAUGUCUCAUGUAAAAUAGAGCAUUGAACAAAAAAGACAAAAAUCCCUGCCUUCAUGGAACAUAUAUUCUGUCCGGGAAAAAAAAUUUUUUUUUUCUGAAAGAAAGAAGGAAAUUUUAAAUAAUACCUGCUCUACAGUUUCAAAAAAA